AUGCUUCAGUCGAUCAGUAAUCAGAGUGAAUUUCUUCUACCGUUUGGCAAUUACAGUUGGCCGUUUCGUGGUCGUCUUGGUCAUCCUCUACCGCCUUCGAUCGAACAGACCACAAGUUUGGAUCCAUAUAUUCGAUAUUUCGUUAAAGUUGAACUGGUUCGACCCAACUUGUACAAGAGAUAUAUUGAAAAAGAGUUUCCUAUUGUCGUUCAAUAUUAUUCAACGUAUCCUGUCAAUGUGACGCGAGUCGAAGAAAAAAGUGAGACUAGAAAUGGUGCUCGUAUCCACGUAACUCUUCAGAAGAAUGUUGUUGCUGCUGGUAAUAACUUGAUAUUUAAUAUAAACUUGCUCAAUCAACAGCAAGCAGUGAUACUAGGCAUAUCGGCGACUCUCGUUCAAAUAUGGAAAAUAGGCUCUAGCACAGUACAACGCAUCGAUCUACUUGAUUAUGAGCUCGAAGACUUCGAAUUAUUUCAAGGCAAACGUUUUAACAAAAGUUUCGAGCUGCCUGUAGCUCGCAGAGUUGCUCCUACGUGUUCAUUCGAACUUCCUUCCUCGCCUGCUGAAACACCACUUAACUUGUACUAUGAACUCAUGAUUACAGCUCUGUUUGGUAAAGUUUCCAUGGAUAUGGAGUUUGGACUUCCGGUGAUCGUCACCAAUGCAAUUGAGAAAACAAUUGACGGACGUCUGCCACCACACAAUAAUGCAUCUUUUUCCUAA